GACUGAUCAGAUGACGGUCACGUGUUCCGGUCAGCUGACUGGUCGGUCGGUCGUUGUCGGUUCUCCUCCUGCGGCACAGACGGAUCUGACAGGCGGACAGGAUGCCUCUCCCGGAGCUGUACUUCAACGUUGAUAACGGGUACCUGGAGGGUCUGGUUCGGGGCUUUAAAGCCGGAAUUCUGUCCCAGGCGGAUUACCUGAACCUGGUCCAGUGUGAGACCCUGGAAGGUGAGUCCGAACCGGGUCAUGCUAACGGCUAAUGCUGUUUGACAGAGGCUAACGGGAGUAAACUCGGAAACACCGACGAUUAUUCUGAUUAUUAACGCGAUUUAUCAUCCUGUGUGUUUUACUACUAUCGCCGAAUUCAAGAAAUCAGGAUUUAUAUGACGAAGGAGUCCGAAAAUCUGAUGGUUAAUCGAUUUUCGCUCGUUAAGAUCGACUCUUUCGUGAUGAGCUGAGCUAGCUUGUUUAGCUAGCUCAGAUUAGCAUACAGGGUUUUUUCAUCGAUUAAUCAAUCAGGGAAUUUUUAGAGGAAGUGAAAUAAUGUUAACCCUAAAAAAAACCCUCUUUAGUCACACAUUUGAUGUUUUAACUGUUAGUGAAUCUUCACAGUUUUCACGGAUGUAGUUUUAUUAGAGUUAUAAACACAGAAACUGUCAGUGUAAGUCUUUAUUUUAGGUUAUAAUGACUCAGAGUUUAGAGCUGUAAAAACACUCUCAUGUGUUAUAUAACUGUACUAUCUGACUGUCUAUAACUCUGAAUGGUUUAUAAUAUAUGAGCUGUAUAUCUGUUGGUGUUAUAUUUUGUAAAUGUUUAAUAUGAAACUCUCAGGUUACCGUAAUACCUGGAUAACACGUCCUACAGGAACAAUAUUUACCGUACUGUUUGGGAAAUAAGGUAAAUUUGUACAUUUGGAAAUAACUCCUACUAAACAUGAAGACAGGGUAUGAGGUGGGAAAGUGUUGAUAGAGAUAUUUCAUAUAGAAAUCAGGUCUGUGUGGUUUUAAAAAGCUAAUAUGUUUUUAUAGAUUAGAUUUUUCUUUAUUCAUCCCUAAGAGGGGAAAUUUAGUCGUUAACAGCAGCAGUACACACAACAUAUACAUUCAUAAAGGGUACAAAAACAAGAUAAAGACCGACGGUAAAAAAAAGAAAGAGCAGUGUCAUCGAAAAAGAGUAUUAAAGAUAAUAAUAAGAAAUAUAAAAGAGAAAGAAAGAUCAGUGCCAACAAAAACAGGUGUGGAUGUGACGAUGAUAUUGAUAUUGCACACGAUUAAUAAAUAGUUAGGGGUGUAGUAUUACUCUUUUAUUGUUGUUGGAGAUGUUGGUCUGGUUAUAGAGUCUGAGAGCAGCGGGGAGGAAGGACCUGUGAUGUCUCUCUGUGAUCCAUCGCAGGUGACGGCACCGGUCGCUGAAGGAGCUUUCUAACGCUCUUACAGACUCAUGUAGAAGGUGGGAGACAUUGUCCAGGAUUAAUGACAGCUUUGCCACCAUCCUUCUGUCACCCACUGCCUCCACGGGGUCGAGACUGCAGCCCAGUCUCUUCUUCUCCGCUGCUUAUUCUGAAUAUAUGAAAAACUAAAAUAUGAUAUUCGUCUCUUUAUAUCAUUUGUUUAUUUCCCUCUAACUAAACAGAACUCGUCUCUUAUUUUUGCCACACUUUGCUCCUCCCUUUACCUGCAGACCUGACUGUAGACCUGUAUGAAAUACAAGAAGGACUUUGUCCAUCACUAAAUUAUUGUUUUUGGUUCCCCUGAUUUUCCUGACAGUGUACUUAGAUUCUGGGAUUCGUCUUCCUUUGCUCCUCCGGUCUGAGCUUCGAUCAGCAGAUUGACUCUGUGGUCAGAUGAGCUUUUUUCAGUUACACCUUUUAACCAAAGUUAGGCUCCUCCUCAGCAGGAAGGAUCUUGAAAUGACCAUCUGUGAGUGCAGCUCCGCCUAAUGAUUGACGACCCUCUGAGGUCAUGAACCAGAGCCUGUAGUUGACAUGUAUUUCCAUAAUAAACACCAAAGUCGUCGAUCUUUCCUUUCUUGAACUUACUUUAGUUUUAGUUUGCGAUAGAUUUUACGAAUAAUAAUAAUACUAAUGAGGAAAUCCAGACCCGAUGUAAACACGGUUAAAAACUAUCGUGCUCUCAAAGACCCACAGCUGGUCUCACAUGACAUGUCUCCUCCAAUAGGAGAGCUGCAGUAGUAAUCAGCUUCAAUUAGACUUUAAAGUAAAACUAAACAACUGUUCAGUCUCUCUGAAUUCUAAUCAGGAUAAAAAACACAAAUUAUUAAUUAUCUGUCAUAUUAUCAGUAAUGCACGAAUGGUUCUAACACCUUCAUGCUUUUAUCAGUUCCAGGUUAGAUUAUUGUAAUUUCUUAUACGUUGGUAUCAAGCAAUCAUCUCUCUCUCGCCGCUGCAGCACGCCUUUUAACCAGCGCCCCCGUCACAGUCACAUCACUCCCAUUCUUCUCUCCCUACUUUGGUUCCUGAUUAAAUUCAGGAUCAUUCAUCAUUCAGGUGUCCUCCAUUUCUGCUCUGUGUGUAGUGGGUAGAGUGUGUAGUGUGGUCUGCAGGCGCGCUACGAUGGUUUCUGUUCCUCUCAGGUUGAAACACAGACACACUUCUGCCUGUGAGAACUGUCGUUGGAUAACGCUGCAGGCCAACGAUGGUGUCAGAACUGUUUUAGUUUCAUCCCUGUAUAUGAACACGUAUAACAACUCUUUACAGGGUUCUUGAAUCUGUUUAAAGCAUCAACCCUGACAUCAGAAACAGAGACAGACUCAAACACAGGGAUCUGGUCCUUCUGUGGGGGAUUUCAGAGUUGGUCAUCGAGUCUUCAGUCAGCUGAAUCUUUCUGUGUUUAUGCUCCUCCUCCUCACAGACCUGAAGCUCCACCUGCAGAGCACAGACUAUGGCAGCUUCCUGGCCAACGAGGCGUCUCCUCUCACCGUGUCCGUUAUCGACGACAAGCUGAAGGAGAAGAUGGUGGUCGAGUUCCGACACAUGAGGAACCAAUCGUACGAGCCGCUCGCCAGCUUCAUGGACUUCAUCACGUAAGCAAACGACCAACAUCGAUGUGACUAAAACAACAGUCAGAGAUGUCAAAGUCCUCAGCUGUAAAUCCAGACCAACAUGCACAGAAAUAAAAAACACUGCAUCAGUCUGCAAAAAAAGUUUGUUUGAAAGUUCAGCAAAAUACCAUGAGAGCGAAAAAAGCUGAAAAAAAAAACUAAUAUUCACAGUUCAGGAAACAAUGAGAUCAUUAAAAUGAAAUCAAUCAAUCAAUAAAUACUUGAAACAAAGAUUAUUAGGCUGUGAUGAGAUUAGAUUAUAAAUACGGGUCAAUUUCAAGUAUCGGCUGAUCAUUUUUUAAACAUUAAACCGAGAAAGUCAGAUUUUAAAAUACAUCUAAAAUGUUACACAACGGUAAAAAUAGCUAAAGUUACACAAAACAAACUUUAAGGCUGGAAUUAUUGAUGAUGUUUUAUUAGGGAUUAAUCUGCUGAGGACUUUGAACACUCAGGAACAGAAAAAAAAAGAGCUGAUUGUAAUUUCCGAGAGCAUAAAGAGACACUCCGAUUUCUCCCAUCAGUGUUUUUCAGUCCAAAGACUCCUCAUCCUCAUCCACCCUCAUAAAAACAUGAAGUUGUUCUCUUUAAAAAAAAAACAAAUCUGUUGUUUUUCUCUCUGGAGUAAAAUCCUGAACUUCCGUCAGAUAUUUCCGAUCAUCUGUACGUGAAAAAACAAAAAAGGUUGGAGGUGAAAAAUCCGCUCACAGAGUCAUCCCUCCCUCUGACCCUCAGGUACAGCUACAUGAUCGAUAACGUCAUCCUGCUCAUCACGGGGACCCUCCACCAGCGCGCCAUCUCCGAGCUGGUGCCCAAGUGUCACCCGCUGGGCAGCUUCGAGCAGAUGGAGGCGGUCAACAUCGCCCAGACCCCCGCUGAGCUCUACAACGCCAUCCUGGUGGACACGCCUCUGGGUUUGUACCUCCUGUAUUCACUGAACAGAAGAUGGCGCCAGAGCUCAGAGUAACGUUUCUUCUUCUUCUUCCUCUUCUUCUUUCAGCUGCUUUCUUCCAGGAUUGUAUAUCUGAGCAGGACUUGGACGAGAUGAACAUCGAGAUCAUCCGUAACACACUUUAUAAGGUGGAGUAUCUGUGAACCAAAAACAAGAAAGAAAAUCCACAGAAAACACAUUUUAAUAACAGAGAGAAAUGAAGAAACUCUGAAUGAUAAAAACACUCAAACUCUGAGAUCUCAUCUUUACACUGUCGGCAUUUUUCAGGCGUACCUGGAAGCUUUCUACAAGUUCUGCUCCAACCUGGGAGGAACCACAGCAGACACCAUGUGUCCGAUUCUGGAGGUCAGUCUUUAUUUUUCUUUUUUAAUUAAAGUUUUUAUUGAACUUUUUAAGGGACGGUACCUGGUGGCAAACUUGGUACUUUUCUCCAUACAGGAACAGGUAGUUAUAAAAGGUUAACUGUGACAGACUUAAAACAUUUUUAUCUCUCUAGAAAGGCAGAAAAUGCGAAAAAGUGAGAACACAAUAAUAUCAACGAAGCAUGUGUCAUACCUGUACACACACUAACAACAUAAAGACAAGAAAACCAGAGUCCCCAAACCUACGGGGGCCGUUAUUCCCCUUCAUGUAGUCCCAGGACGAGGUGAGGAGACAAACAAACAUGAUCGUUGGACACAAGACAAGUUUGGGAAAGAUGAGCCUGUAAACCAGCAUCAGAGCCAAAACCCUAAAUCUGGUUUAUGACACUGACUGUAACAGAUAUGAGCUCGAAGUUUGAUGAAAGAGUUUAUCAACUCAGUGAACCCUUUAAGACCCGCGAAGACCUGAACCCUGUCUGAGACACUCCUCUGAUCCGGAGGUUUUCUCAAGUGUUGAGGUUUAUCAAAAAGCUGAUAUCUCAGCCUCUGGAGCAGAUAGAAACAACAUUCAAAAAAGGAUUUGAGAGCUUAUCCACGUGGCUUUCAAGAUAACUCUCUUUUAUUUUUCUGAACCUUCAUCACAGUUUUGAAAACCUUGAACAAACAAACUCAAAUGAAAUAAAGCGGCUGAAUAAAUAAAAGUAAAGACUCUGGAGAAUAACAAACUUUCUGUAAAACAAGUGUCAGUCAUGAUAAAGUGUUGAUUCAACACAAAUGUAAAUAUAAAAAAUCAAGUGUUAAAGGGUAAACUGCUGCCCUAGUAUAGUGACAGUACAAAAGCAGAAACUAAAAACUAAUAAAUAAAUAAAUAAUUGUCUGACAGUGUGUUCAUUUCAUGUAACACUCACAGAAAUCGCCGAUAGUGUGAGACAAAGACCUCAAUAUGAAGAGGUUGUUCACACUGCUGGAUGUUUCUCCUCUGAAGCUGCUCUCUGCCUCCGUCGUUGUUUACUUUCCUCACGUAGCAGGUAGCGAGAUCCGAGCAUGAAUCUGACCGCUGUGUUAAGCUUUAUUAGCCGAUCAGAGGCAGACAGGAGUGAGGAUUUGAUUCGCCACGACUCCAGAAAUGAUUGAAAAACUACAGAAUGUUAUGAAAUGACGUAUCCGCGCUCCUGGCUUGGUCGGUCGUAGUGCGUUCUUGCUGUCCCAGUUUAAAGGGGUUAAUGUGAGUCAGGGUCUGAAGUGAGUCUCAGCUCAGUGUUUCACCUGAACCUCGUCUCUCUCUCUCUCUCUUCCUGCUGCAGUUUGAAGCCGACAGGAGAGCCUUCAUCAUCACCAUCAACUCCUUCGGCACAGAGCUGUCGAAGGAAGACCGCGCCAAGCUGUUCCCUCACUGCGGAAAGCUUUACCCAGAAGGCCUUGCUCAGCUGGCCAGGGCAGACGAUUACGAGCAGGUCAAAGCGGUCGCCGACUUCUACCCCGUGAGUCUCAGUUUCAGCAGGAGUCCGAGUCUGCUCGAAGUUUCUGGAAAAGAUUCAGUUUGGAAAAUAAAUCAGUCAUUCAGAGAAACGAGGAUUUUUAGUGCUGAUUCAGCUCUGAAGACGUCCUCUAACGCCCCCUGCUGGCUGUAAGAAGAAACAGUUCAUUUUCACUCAUGUCACUCCUUCGCUUCAUUUCUCUGUCCUCAGGAGUACAAGCUGCUGUUUGAGGGCGCCGGCAGUAACCCAGGAGACAAGACUCUGGAGGACCGGUUCUUCGAGCACGAGGUGAGUCACACCGAUCACCAGGGUCCAGUUCCUGGAUCCUCGUGACUCUGAGAACCAGGAGGAUUAUUUAGAUCCCGGUUAAAAUCUAAUGAACUUUGAACUCAGCAGUUUGUUCAGAUUAAAGCUGCUUUGUGGAGAUUUUGAGGUUUGUGAAAUAAACUGAAAUUCAGACUGAGAAUCAUGAGAUUCAGGAGUAAACAAGAUAAACACAGACGAGGGUUUUUUUCACAGAAGGAGACGAAACUGACGCUGACUGAAAGUUACUCACAGGAGCUUUAAAGUUUACCUUCAUGUGUGAAUAGAUCAAACUAAGAAAAUCAAAAUCAUCGACUUUAGAGGGUCUGCUCUUCAGAAAAUGUGGUAACCAUGGAGACAGAAGAGAGAGAGAGUAAACGUAAAGUGAAAACCCUGAGUAUAAAGAUGUUAUGAAGGUGAGUUUAUGGUCGUUUUGUAAAUGAGUCUCCUUCGUCUUCCUCCUCUUCUCACUCUCAGGUGAAGCUGAACAAACUGGCCUUCCUCAACCAGUUCCACUUCAGCGUUUUCUACGCCUACGUCAAGCUGAAGGAGCAGGAGUGCAGGAACAUCGUGUGGAUCGCAGAGUGCAUCGCUCAGCGGCACCGCGCAAAGAUCGACAACUACAUUCCUAUCUUCUAAACCUCCUCUUCCUCUCUCUCUUCCUCUCUCUUUUCCAUUUCCUCGAGUCUUAUGUCUUAAAGAAUUUCCCCUCUGGAUGUUAAAGAGUCUAAAGAUGGUGUGAUGCUAAAUUCCCGUCAUUCUUCACUGGUAGGUGUAAAUUAGCUCCAGACACUCGAGUUCCUCAUUAAACACGAUCGUUAAACUGGAGCCUCUAAAUGGUGAGCGUGUUCAGAGAGAGACGGCCGGUCCAGGUCUGAGGACGUAUUUGACUUUCAAAGAUUUACCUCAGACUGAUGAAACUCACUGAUGUGUGUGUGUGUGUGUAUUUGAGCGCCCAGACGACCUGACACACACACACACACACAAGAAUCAAAUUAACGGUCAGCCCGACUGUUGAAGAUUCAGACGUUAGUGAACACCAUCCUCCCUGACGCUCGUGUAAAUGUCCUGCUGAGAUCAUUCCUGGCGUCUGUUCUGGACUCAUCGUCCAGAUUCAGUAAAAUAAAUCGAUCAUCUGAACGCCGUAAAACUCAGACAGGAAACUCAGCGUAGAAACUCUCUCUAACUCGUCAUUUUGUUUCUGUUUUUCGUGCUCGUUUUUGUCGGCAUGUCUGGUCAUCGCUGUGUUUAACCCCGCCCCCUCCCUCCCUCCACCUUUACUAGAUGGUUGUUAGAUUUGGACAGAAGUUUCCGGUCCCUCUGGUCCCUCUGGUCCCUCUGGUCCCUGUGUGAAGUCUAAAUGAACGUUCUGGAAUGAGUCUGAAUCUGCGUUAGUGACAGAGUUGAUGUUUAAAGUAUAUAAAGAUAUUUAAAGAUGAGUAUAUAUGAUUAUGUUAUUGUUUGUUUUUUUCAUGCUGUAAAAAUGAAUCGUUGCUGUUUGGAUCUGUGUGUAAAAUGUGUUCUGUAAAUGUGACUCAAUAAAACAGACUGAACUGCACUGAC